UACGUAGCCCAGUGUAAGUGCAGUUGGAUUCUCUCAGCACCGCAGUUGUCUUUUCCUAAGUCCUCAUGAAUUCUCCUUCACAUCUCCCCUUGGCCUCGUGACGCCAUCGAGGACAAGGAAAAGUGGUUAGGAAAAGACUUUUCGACCUUCUUCUUCUUCUUCUUCUUCUUCUUCUUCGAACAGACCAACCUCCGCUGCGACUUCCGGAGGAGACGCUAGUGAGGGAAACGUAGAUGUGAAAUCUGUUUUUUGGAUGAACACACGGACAUGAGGAAGUAAGAACAACUCCUAACCGGUGCAGCUCACCUGCUGGUAGAUAAAGAGUAAACUGACACAAGUGAACACCGGAAAUAGCAGUUAAGUUUCUGCACUCAAGACCACCGAGACGACGGGUUGGCUUCCAGGAGUGAGUUCACAGCUCUGGUGAAGUUUGAUUGAUCGUUUGAAAUCCUGUGAACCUGCUGAAAUUCCAAAAUGGCUGAGAAAAUCAAACUCCUGAAUCACCUGGAUGACCUGACACAGUAUGAGAUGGAGACAUUUCAGUGGUACUUGAUCCAUUAUAACCAAGAGGGACAUCGACGCAUACCGAUGUCCCACCUGGAGGGCGCUUCCAGAAUGAAAACUGUGGAUAGAAUGGUGCAGGCUUUCGGGGGAGACGGUGCUGUGGAGACCACGAUGGACAUUCUCGUAAAGAUACAUCGUAAUGACCUUGCAAUAAGGUUAACUCAAGCCAAACGCGUCUCAAAAGUGGAUGCACAUUGGAUCGUUAAGGAUCUGUCUUGUCCAGUUUGUCGUGAUAUUUUCACGGAGCCUGUGAUGCUGCAGUGUGGCGACAGCGUCUGUAAGAGCUGCAUGCACAAAGACGAGAGGAGGGAACUCACUUGGACAUGCCCAAGCUGUUGGAAAGAGACACACACUGAACCUCAGGUUAAUUCCGCUCUGAAGAGGUUGUGUGAAAACUAUAGAAAAAGAAAAGGAGAAGGACCCCUCAUAACAGAGUCAGUUUCCACUAUUCAGGCUUCGUUGCAUCAAUUCAAACCCAGCUACAGCGCUCGGAAUGGAAGCAAUUUGGUCGCUCCCAUCAUGAGUGGUAAUAAUAUUGGUGGUAGCGUCUUCAUCAUCGGCACAGUCCAAGGGUCUGUCGUUUCCUCAAAACAGGCACUGAACCAUGUGUUUGCAGACAGCUGUGGUGCUCUGCAGCCCCAGAAUCAAGAUUGGUCCAAGAAUUUGAUGGCCUGCCACUAUCUCUCCUGCUGUAUGACUGAAGCAGCAUCUUUGGAAAGAGCUACAGCAUUCAAUAAAACCACAGUUGGGGAGUUCUUUGACAAUCUGUCUGAAGCGAUGGACAGGUACAGAUUCCCUCCAAACAUGAUCUAUAAUGUCGCCGUAACAGGUGUCACACCAGAGCAGACCUCAAAGCAGGCAGUGGCAGUAAGAGGAAAGACACAAGUGGGCGUUAUCACGCCUGCCGAAAGAGAAUCGCAUGUGACUGUGGUCUGUGCAGUCAAUGCCACUGGGAAUGCAGUCCCUCCCAUGUUUAUCUUCCCAGGGGUCGAAUACAAUGACCACUUCAUCACAGGAGCACCUCCAGGAUCAACUGGCGCCUCCACCCCAUCUGGCUGGAUCAAUGAAGACACCUUUGCAGAGUUCCUUGAAUGUCUGGUUCGGUACACCAACUGCUCCACCGACCACCCCGUGCUGCUAAUCCUUGAUGAACAUCAGGUCGCCUUUUCACAGAAGGCACUGGAUAUAGCAAAAAGAAAGGGUAUUGUUAUGCUCUCAACCCCAGCCCACACGUCCCAUCGCCUGCAGCCUCUGCACAAGAGUGUUUUUGGUCCAUUUCAGACCUAUUACAACAGAGCUCUUGAUGGUUGGCUGAGAUCUAACCCAGGCAAAACAGCCAGCAUAUACCAAAUCCCUGGAUGUGUGAAUGAGGCUUUCAUGUCAGCCAUGACGCCACGGAAUAUCAACGCUGGAUUCACGUCCACUGGGAUCUUCCCUUACAGCAGGGACAUUUUCUCUGAUGAGUUUGAACCAGACGUGGCGUCAGACAGGCCAAAUCCUGUGGAUUCAACGUCCAUGUCUGCUGAGCUGCUUUCACAUGCUUGUGCUCCACCAGGUGGCCCAGAUUCAAAUCCACACAGUAUCCAGAGUUAUAGACCUUGUAGCAUCCAAUAAUGUAACUCGGGCUGAAACAAUUCCUUGAGUGACUUUAUUUAUUCUUAAAUCCAUGACUAAAAAGCGUCGUUAAAUCCAGUGCAACUGUACAGCAGGCUGUGUUUCGCAUGGAUGGUUGUCUCUGUUGCACAACGCACUUAUGUUACUUUCUCUGUUGAUCGCCUGCACAGCUGUAACGUGGAUGUGAAGCGCGGAUUGCAAGACAGUGGAGGAAGAGGGACAAGAAAACAGCAAGAGACAAAAAGAGGAGACACGUCAAAAAGUGUCAAGAGUGUGGGAUCAUUACAAGUUAAAAUGAAAAGAACAAAACGUAGUUAGCAUACCACGACAGCACGUCCUCAGUGCUACAACAUCUCAGUAGAAAACCUCCGGUGUAUGCAUCGAGUUCACAGAGCGGAUCUGACUCAACAAGGGAACACUAUCAUCACGUUUAAUUGCAUUUAACCUUCAUCAGGGAUUGCUGGCUGAGAUUCAGAACACAUGUAAAGAACGUACGCGUAUCGCUGCUUUAUAAUGGCUGAUUUAUAAGAGAAAUCAAUGCGGUGGCUAACGUCACAGGGUGAUGUAUCACGUGUAUUAGCCAGAUUUUGCUAGGGAAUAUAAUAUAAUCCAGUACAGCAGGUAUAUUAAUUUGCAGUGAGUAGGGUCAGCAGGUGUGAGGAACCCCCUUGACCACAGUGAAUGAGUCGAAACUAGACAAUCACAGGAACUUAAAGUAUGAUAUUUAUAAAGGCCAAGUAAUAAAUAUCAAUAAAAAUGUAUUAUAAUCUUUUUUGUUUGUUUGUUUUUUUAGAAAGUUGCAGAGUGGUACUUUGGACAGCUUUGUGCAAAGGGUUCCACCAUGUUUAACUGAGGAAGCAGCUGAGUUUACAGACAGCAGAUGCAUCAUUUGAUCUGUCACAGCUGUUAAAGGUCAC